UAUUCACUCAUAACCAUGUCCAUGGCUACUUGUUCAGAUUCCAGCUUUUGUAUUAUAGUGACAACCUUGCUUAUAUCUAUAAGUUUCGCUUCUGCUCAACGAAGGGCUUUCUUCGUUUUUGGUGAUUCACUCGUAGACAGUGGCAACAAUGACUUCUUGGCUACCACUGCACGAGCAGAUGCUCCCCCCUAUGGCAUUGACUUUCCAACACACAGACCCACAGGACGCUUCUCUAAUGGACUGAACAUCCCUGACAUAAUCAGUGAGCAGCUUGGCUUAGAACCUACACUUCCAUAUCUGAGCCCUCUACUUAUAGGAGAGAAACUCCUAGUUGGUGCCAAUUUUGCAUCUGCAGGGAUUGGAAUUCUCAAUGAUACCGGAUUUCAGUUUCUUCACAUCAUUCACAUCUACAAACAACUGAAGCUAUUCCAACAUUACCAGCAAAGGUUAAGUGCGCAUGUUGGUGCAGAGGAAGCUUGGAGGCAUGUAAACCAAGCACUUGUUCUCAUCACUCUUGGAGGGAACGAUUUUGUGAACAAUUAUUACCUGGUCCCAUAUUCAGCAAGAUCUCGCCAGUUUUCUCUCCCGGACUACGUCAUCUAUAUCAUAUCUGAGUAUCGCCUAAUUCUCAAGAGGCUGUAUGAUUUGGGAGCUAGGAGGGUCCUUGUGACGGGAACGGGACCAAUGGGGUGUGUGCCAGCAGAGUUGGCCUUGAGAAGUGGAAAUGGUGAGUGCGACGUGGAGCUCCAGAGAGCUGCAUCCUUAUUUAAUCCACAACUUGUUGAAAUGGUGAAAGGACUCAACCGAGAGAUCGGUGCUCACGUUUUCAUUGCUGUAAAUGCAUAUGAAAUGAACAUGGAUUUCGUUAACAACCCUGGAGCUUAUGGGUUUGUCACAUCAAAGAUAGCUUGCUGUGGUCAAGGUCCCUUCAAUGGGGUGGGACUCUGCACACCCAUUUCCAACUUGUGUCCAAAUCGUGAUCUUUACGCGUUUUGGGAUCCAUUUCACCCAUCGGAGAAAGCUAACCGAAUCAUUGUCCAACAGAUGAUGACUGGGUCGGUUCAGUACAUGCACCCCAUGAAUCUUAGCACCAUCAUGGCCAUAGAUUCCAGGGUUUGAUUGAUACGAUUUAUGGCUUCAUUAAGUGGUCACCACAGGAUAUGUGUAAACUUUCCAGCCAUAUUCUACGUUCUACUAAGUUCUGUUUUAUCUGAUGAAGAUGAUCAUCUCCUUGCUAGUGUCUGUUUGCCCUAAACUAAAAUGUUGUAUUCCUUUUGAUUGUGAAGAUUUUUGUG